AUGAACACCAGCUUCCUGAACAUGGCGACGAUAGGAGAUUUCGACCCCCUUAACGCUGCUAUCCCUGCCACGAGAGUUGAAAUCACAGUGUCAGGCAGAAACCUGCUUGACAGAGACACAUUCUCCAAGUCUGAUCCAAUCUGUGUGCUGUACACACAAGGCAUUGGCAGCAAAGAAUGGAGAGAGUUUGGGAGAACGGAAGUUAUCGAUAACACCUUGAACCCAGACUUUGUGCGUAAAUUUAUCCUGGACUACUUCUUUGAGGAAAGACAGAACCUGCGCUUUGAUCUGUAUGAUGUUGACUCAAAGAGCACCAACUUGUCAAAACAUGAUUUCCUGGGCCAAGCUUUCUGCACCCUGGGUGAGAUUGUGGGUUCACUGGGAGGUCGUUUGGAGAAACCCCUUGGGGGAAUUCCUGGAAAGAAAUGUGGGACUAUUAUUGUGAAGGCAGAAGAACUUGGAAACUGCAGAGAAUCAGUAAUGAUGCAGUUCUGUGGGAACAAACUGGACAAGAAAGACUUUUUUGGCAAAUCAGACCCUUUCCUGGUCUUUUACCGCAGCAACGAGGAUGGAACAUUCACUAUUUGCCAUAAGACAGAAGUGGUGAAAAACACACUGAAUCCUGUGUGGCAGGCGUUCAAAAUCCCUGUCAGAGCUCUUUGCAAUGGAGACUACGACAGAACAAUCAAGGUGGAAGUGUAUGACUGGGACAGAGAUGGCAGCCCUUUUGCAGACGCCAAGGACACUAUACAGCGUUUUAAAAGGAAUCGAUCAUCAAACAACAGUGCUAAAAGGUUUCAGGAAUAUAUCAGAUCCAAUCAUGACUUUAUCGGAGAGUUCAGCACGAGUUACAGAGAACUGUCCAGAGGCCAGUCCCAGUUCAAUGUCUAUGAGGUGAUUAAUCCAAAGAAGAAAAGCAAGAAGAAAAAAUAUCUCAAUUCUGGAACGGUAACAUUGCUUUCAUUCCUCGUUGAUGUUGAAGUCACCUUCCUGGAUUACAUCAAGGGCGGGACGCAGAUCAAUUUCACUGUGGCCAUUGAUUUCACAGCAUCAAACGGCAACCCAGCCCAGCCCACUUCACUGCACUACAUGAACCCGUACCAGCUAAAUGCUUAUGCCAUGGCACUCAAAGCUGUGGGCGAGAUCAUCCAGGACUACGACAGUGACAAGAUGUUCCCUGCGCUGGGCUUCGGAGCCAAGCUACCCCCUGAUGGCCGUGUCUCCCAUGAGUUCGCUCUGAAUGGCAACCCGCAGAACCCUUACUGCAAUGGGAUAGAUGGGGUGUUGGAAGCUUACUACCAGAGUCUUAAGUCAGUACAUCUCUAUGGUCCUACUAACUUCUCACCUGUCAUCAACCAUGUGGCCAGGUAUGCUGCAUCUGUGAAGGAUGGCUCACAGUACUUUGUCCUCCUUAUCAUCACAGAUGGUGUGAUCUCAGAUAUGGCCCAGGCCAAGGAGUCCAUUGUCAAUGCCGCUUCUCUUCCCAUGUCAAUUAUCAUUGUGGGAGUUGGACCCGCAGAGUUUGAUGCCAUGGUAGAGCUGGAUGGUGACGAUGUUAGGGUUUCUUCAAGGGGAAGAUAUGCGGAGAGGGACAUUGUGCAGUUCGUGCCGUUCCGAGAUUACAUCGAUCGGACAGGGAACCACAUCCUCAGCAUGGCGCGACUCGCCAAAGACGUGCUGGCUGAGAUCCCCGACCAGUUCCUGUCUUACAUGAGGACCAGAGGGAUCAAGCCGUCGCCCGCCCCACCUCCCUACACGCCCCCAGGACAUCCACUGCAAACACAGAUCUGAGAGACCACCCUACCAACUCUCUUUCUCUCUCUCUCACUCUUUCCUCUGUGUCUUCUAUCUGCAUCACUCCGUGAUUUGGCAGGACUUGACUUCCUCCUCCUCUCUCUCUCUCUCUCUCUCUCUCUCUUUCUCUUUUUGCACUAUAGGACAGAUGAAAAUUGUGUGGUAGGAUGGAGUCUUUGAGUGCAGGUUUCACUGGUUUACUUCCGUUAUAAGUGUUCCUCUUUCAGGAACUUUCUCUCAGAUUUUUGCCAGCCUCUUCCUCUCUGAUAGCCUCGGACACAUGGACUGAGCCCUGCUGCUCAAGACACAUUGUGGAAAAGCUCCACCAAUCUCCAGCCACAAAUCAGUCUUGACUGUUGUAAAUACCUUUGGACUUCCUCUGUAUAUCUCUCUUGAUCUAAUUCUUUCUGUCACUCUCUUUUUUUGCUCUUUCUCUCUCUCUCUCUCUUGCUCUCACUCAAUGUUUACAUGUUCAUGAUUUUUCUUACUGUUGGAUACUUUUAUAAGCGUUCUUUCAAUAUGAACUUUGGAAUAAUGUUUGUUUAUGGCGACUUGUCCUUGCAAUGCAUGUCAGGUAGCAGCAAUGCCAUUCAUGGAAACCAUAUUGCUUGCAUCUUACAUGGAGACAGAGUGCUCAGGCUUUUGCCACGUUUUGCCAUGUUAAACCUUUCUCUCUCUUUCUCUCUCUCUGUCUCUCCCUCUCUCUUUCUCUCACUAUAUUCCUCUCUUUCUGAGUGGUUUGUGCUGCCAUCCCUGCGGGGCCUUCAUUUUGUCAAAAACAACCAUGACUCAACAGUAUAUUUCAUUGCAUUUAAACUGCAGCAGCUGCUCUCAAAUAGAAUUUGAGACAAAGAGCCCAGUGGUCAAAAACACAGAUGCUUUUUUUUCUUUAGUGUUCCAGUAAGUGUAUUGUUGUGUGCACCUUUAUUCACUUUGAAUUGUGUUUUGUUAAGUUAAUCAGUUGUGAAUUGAUUUAAUCUUCAUGUAUAACAUGCUGAGUAACUGGACUUGCCCAAAGAUACAAAAGGAGCACAGCCAGUGAAAAGAUUACUGAAUCAUACACCUAUACCUUGUAUUGAUUGUAUGCACAGCUCAAUUUAAACUUAAUCCCCACGUGAACGGGACCUGCAGGACUAUUACGGUCUAUGCUUUCAAGAAAGCUGCCAUCCGAAAAUGUUGGUGAUUAAACAAAGUUUGUUUUGCCAGCCCAAGUGUUCUAGCCAGAUCUUGCCAGAUUUCUCUUUCCAUUAAAACCUGGUCUUAAAGUUGACCAACAUAUUUCAAAGUGUCAGGUACUUCCAUUGGAUAUAUAAAAUAUUAUGCAUUGGAUGGUGUUCAAACCAACUCUGGGAAAAUAGUCUGAUUUUAGAAGAAGUGGGCAGCAGUGUCCCACUCAGUGCUUUCCACUUUACAGCAGUGAGCCAACAAAGUCGCUUUGGCACACUGAGCCCUCGUUUAAGACUUUUCUUAUACUUAUGACAUUCAUAUUUUCAUCUCUUUCAACUCCUAUAAUACAUAAGAAGAUGUGGCUGACAGUAUUAUGUAGCAAUAGGAAUAUUGUUGUGUAAAGCUCACAGAGUUUCUUUGAAUUUGGUCCUUGUAAACCGUAACUGGAAUGAAAUAUCUUGAGUGGCAGUUUUGUACCAGGUAGUUCUGUACACUUCUGUUCAACCUCUGAUCAUUCCCAUGCUGUCGCUGAGCCCGGCAGUAGUUUGUGCUGCUUUCUUCACAGGAUAAUUCAGUGUGCUCUUCUGAAGAGCCUGAAUCACAACCUUAAAGUCUUCUCGCGGCUGUUCCAGCUCAGCUUCCCUCACUGUCGGCCGUGCCACGACAGGAGAUUCCAUCCCAUUUUGCUUGAACUCACUCAGAUCAGGGAACUGAAAUUUAACUGGAUUCAUGACUCAGGUGUAUCAUGAAUCAAAUUUCAAAUUUAAUUAGCUAUUAAGUCUCAGUUUAUGUCCUGCAUGGACUGAUCUGAAGAGUGAUUUUAGACCAGUCCUCCCAUAUUGGCAUCUUAUAUCAGAUUGCACUCCUGUGUGACUAAGCAGCAGCUCACCUGGGGUCAAAACAAAACUGUCGCUUGCAUGAAGAGUUCUUCUCUCUUUGGACAUGAGCUCAGUGUCCAGUGUCCAGUUUGACUCUCCUUGCAGUACUAGUGCCAUGGCUUUUGCUGCCUUGACAAGCCCUAUGACGUGUGAGCGUGUGUGUAUGUGCCAGUUAGGCAAAAGAUCAUUGAGAGUGUUUUAAUAGACCGUGUGACUUUUCUCAAAUGAUCUUUGUUUACUUAAGAUAUCCAAAUACUAUAUUGUAUGCUUGUCUUAUCUUAUUAUAACGUGCACUAUGUUUGCAUGUACAGUUUUACAUGAGAUGCACCAGUACUUUUGUUAAUAGAGUGUUUUGGAAAAUUUAAAAAAGAUAUAUAUACAUACAUAUAUACAUAACUGUACAAAAUGGCCUUAAACUCACAAAAUUCUUGGAAUUGUGCGAUGCCUUCAGAUAUGAAUUGUUAUAUAUUUUGUGUCAGUGUAUAACUGCUUUCU